AUGAGCGAAUUAUAUGCGAAGGUUUACAAUUUCAUAGUAACAGCCGAAGAAGAAAAUAUAAACGCCUCCACUGUUAUCUACCAAGCGUUGAAUGAAGAACCAUGGAUUCCAAAGGAAGAAAUAAGGGGGUUGGUUCACCGAGCAAUUUCAUCGGCAUUGAAUCUAUACGCUCAAGGUUCCACUCAACAACAAAAAAUUUCACAAAUACCUCUACAAUCAUUCCUAUUUAGCCCGUGUACAGGAUUUAAUCCUGGGAACAUGAGGAGGUUAGUGUCAGCGUGUGGGCCCCACGAGGGCAUUAGCUUUGCCUGCGACAUACUGACAGCGCGCGCGUUAGCUGGGAUGUUUGAGGUGGCAUAUGAAGGGGUCUGUGGCUUACUCAACAUUGGGGCACUAAAAGUAAGCAAAGAGAAACCUAUCACUUUGGAGCAAAUUGACGCUAAUCUUAAAAAGUUGAAGUUGAAACUAACGAGAGAUUCGUCGACGCUUGCACGAGAGUUAACUCUAGGUCUAAGAAAUGUGACGGCUUCCAGCCUCGAAUGGAGUGAUCCACUUGCCAACCAGAUAAUUGAUGAUAGUUCCGAUCUAGUGAAUCAUCUUCCACCUCCUAUGAAAAAAACAUUCUUGAAACCCGCACGGCGAAUGGUACCCCCCAAUUUACCAAUAAUUCGAGAGAUGUGUAGAGAAUUUGUGACAGGCUUUGAUCGACACCAGACAGAAGACAUACCGAGAUUAUUAAAACAUGAUGUAAGUUGGAAAGAAUCGGUGGAAGUUCUCAAAGAAGUUACAAAAGAAAUUCUCAGUACAGUAAAAGAUAUCUGGAACAACCCUGCUUUUGGACCUAAUUUUGUCGAUUCAUUGAACGAAGGUACCUACAUAUCAAAUGUGGUGGUACCAUUGAUUCGUGCAACAUUGAAAAACCUCCCUUUUGGGAAGUCCUCGUUUAUUAGCACAUACGAACGUCAAAGUAUUGCUAGUAAGGAUAGAAGGGGUGUAGGCAAAACAGGCAGGCGACCAGAUAUAAUGUUUGAAGUUCAUCGUGAGGGAAAAGUUUAUGAACUUUUAUAUGGCGAAUGUUCACGUAUAUUCUGCACCCCGCAAAAGGAACUAGAUGAUAAAAUAAAAUUAUGGCGGGAGGUAAACGAUGGAUUAUACUGGGUUCGUAAAGGGUGUAAACCAGAAAAAGAGCAGUUCGGAAUUAUUGGAAUUCAGGUCGCAGGGCGUAAAUUACACCUGAGUGUUAUUACAAGAGGUGUUGACGAAAUUCAUCGUUUUUACAAUUUACACUCGGCUGAAAUCCCAGUGAACCCAAUGGGAGAUUAUGAUUUAAUAAAUUUUAUAAAGACUCUGUUGACUCUACGGAAUAUGAUUAUCGUUAACAUGUCUUUAUUAUUCCAUGCAUCCACCUCUAUAUCACAUAGACAGGAAGAUAGUUCGACAGUAUCAUCACCUCUAUAUGACAAUUAG